UUUUUAAAAAAUUGACUUUGGGAGACGGCGGCAGUGGGAGGGGAAGGCUCUGGAGAAAGCGGGUGGAGAGCGAUUUCCUUCGCCCUUGAGAUCUUGGGUUAUGGUUUCUCGCUCUCGGAUCGGUUGGGUGUGGUGUUCUUGAGCUGAAACUGGGGAGGAGCGGGAGGCUGGAGCUCUGAGGGUUUGAGGUGCUUCUUUUAAGUAAAUAUGAAAUCGGAUUCGACGGCUUUUUAUAGCUUUGGUCCGGGUUAGAGUAUCUGGAGGGAUGUCAGAUCAUGAGAUUGAAAAUAUUGUUUGGGAUGGAUUUGAUGAGAGUAGUCAUCAUACAGAGCCUCAUCAAGGUGGUAACAGUGUUAAUGAAGCUGCAGCAUUAGGUGGCUUUCUUAAGAAGCCACAAUAUGAAGCAGGAAAUGAUGGUGGAAAGAGCACAAGCAGCAGAGGAUCUAAGAAUAAAAAUGUUCUUCUAGGAAAAGAAGAAGUAGCCUCUUGCCUUUCUCCAGAGGUUGGAAGCUCCACGCUACCAGAGGGUUCAUGGAUUCAUGCAUCUAGAAAAGUAGUUCCAGCAUUUUAUGAUCCUAAUUCCUUCAAUGGUUUCACUUCUCUAACUUCCCAAGAUGAUGCUGGACCUGUUUUUGUGGAAAAUGAAGAAACGAACAGAGAAAACGAUUUUCUGUAUCAUGAUUUGCCUGAUAUUGGCAAUUUCGAGGAUAUUGACAGACUGCUUAGGACUUGUGAUUCCACAUUUGGGCAAGGAAGCAGCAUUGCAGAAGAGCUAUCAUGGUUUUCAUCUUCUUCACAUAGCACCCACGGGAUAGGAGAUACUUCCAAGUCAUGCCCACAAUCUUCAGUUUUAUACCCAGCAUCUUUAAGGGGUACAUCAGCAUAUCGUAGUUCAAUAACCAACAUUUUGCCUGAAAAAGAUCUAUUGGCUGCUGACAGUGAUAAGAUCUUGAGUCAUGGUCACCAAUCUUUUGCAUUGGUUAGUGAUAGUGAAAAUAGGGGUGACUAUCCAGUACAAGAAAAGAUCAAUAUGCACUCAAAGCAUCUGGGAAGACAAUACUUAUUUGAAGGAAAUAAAAACGAUCAGUGCUCAGAAUCUACAAGUAACAAUUCUUUCUCUGUCCCUGGCCAAAUGCAAAAAUUUUCAGAUCAGGGUAAUCUCUCUCCAGUUUUCUCAGCUCAGGAACCUUAUUCAUAUCAAAAUUUUCCAAAGCAAAAUCAUUUCUGGGGUUCUGAUUCUUCAAGCUAUGUGCACACCUUCAGUCCUCAUGCACAGCUGGAGGGCAGCCUUACUUUGCAUCAGGAUCUGUUUACACAGACAACGUCGAGUAUUUUAUCUGGAAGUGAGUAUAAUCCUUCCCCUUCUUAUAAAAUCUCAGCACAUGUUGGAAAUUAUUUUCCACAGUGCAUGGAGAACUUGCCUGGUCCUUUGUCCGAGCCUCCAGCUAUGACGUCUGAGGAAAUCAAUGAAAAACCAUGCUUUGGACAGAACUUAUGUUCUUCAUUGACCAUUAAGCAUCAACCUCACCUGGCUCCAUCGACAAGUAUAACUUCAUGUCAGGAACAACACCAUAGAUUUCAGCAAGAAACUAUAGGUGACAGUGUACGAAAGGACAAACGCCUUAAAUUUUCAGCAACUGAUGUAGAUUCUUCAACAGUACAAGAAAGCCCUUACAUGAUAUCUGCUUUUUGUGAUGAUAUCUCACUGAAAGCAACUAGCUUUCAACAGCUUCACAAUGUCAUGAUUCAGUUGGAUGUUGGAACAAAACUAUGCAUACGAGAUAGCUUGUACCGUUUGGCAAGGAAUGCCAAAAAAAGGCAUAAUUUUGCUGGUGCAAACAAUUCCAGCAGAGAGAUUAGAGGAGGAAUUUUGGAUGCAGAGGAACCAAACAGGUCUGCAGAAUAUAUAACUACGGAAACUGAGACAAAUCCAAUAGAUCGCUCAAUUGCACAUUUACUUUUCCACAGAUGGUCAGAGACUGUGACAAUGUCAACUGAAAGUGCUAUAUCACUUGAAUCGCAUAUGAUUGAUGAACAUAUUCAUGGUCACAUUACAACUUCCAGGAAGUAACACCUCAUCCUUAUGGUCUAUCAACAAGUAUUCAUUAGUAGCAAUACAGUUCUGCAGGGGUACAUAUCAGCAAUAUGACAUUUUGGUGCUUCAGCCACUGCUCCCACAUGGACGGUUGCCCCUGCUCAGUAGUGUCAUUUGAGUGGUAUCAGAGGGAUGGACAGGCUUUUAUGCUGUAAUUUAUAAGUUCUCACAUGGUUAUAUAUCAUAUAUGAGCUGCAGUAACUUGUGUACCUUAGUUCUAUUGGAGUAGAUGGUUACUUUAUUUAUUAUGUACCACGUAUCCUUUUGGCUCCGUUGGAACUAACUAAAGGAUUUUGCUGUCCAAGGUGUUCUGUGAAAGAGAAAUUGGGAACAGUAAGGUCAGAUAUUAUGUGAACUCACUAGUUCUUUAAAUGCGUAUAAAUUUAGGUCAGUGCUCUGUAUCCAUGUGGAAGAACGUACAUGGUGCUUUUAGUUUAUUUGUUAUAUGCAUCUCUUGGAAAGCAGUAGAGAUGUGCAUUAUAUUGUGGUUCUUAUCCAUUAGUU